AUGGAUCGACGCUGCUCUUCAAGUAAUGUGUGUCAAAACUACGAGCGCUGCAAAGCGACCCACCGUUGUGCUCGAGGAGACGAAGACUACAACAUCAAAGCUGCCGAGUUGGAGAGCUACACGAGAGAGUUCGAAGGUGGGAACCGAGAGCAAAUUCCUCUCAUGAACGACUUUGAGGAUUGGAAGUCGGGGACGCACCUCUGGAGAUUCGGGAACUUUAGCAUCAGCAAGGAUGAUACUAGGCUGGAGCCGAGUGCGUGGAUCGGGUGGGACACCUUCACAUUUCCUGUGAUCGGGUCGUUGGAACUCGCCUCGGGUUAUUUGGUGUUUGACACAGAUCGAGCUGAACUGCGCGGCGACGUCCAACUGGAUGGAGUCGUGACAACCACGCGGCUUGGAGGCACUUCAGUCGCGGUGUUCAACUUCAUGACUGUGUAUCUUGGUGCCGGUGUUCGUGUAAGUUUCCAAGGCAGUCGAGCAAUUGCAAUUCUGAGUCGAAGCAGCUUCAUCGUGGACACUCAGCUGCGUGUUCGACCGGGCACGCUUGGUGGGUUCCCUGGAGGUGGCUUUAUUGGCUCUGGUACGAGCUUUCCCGGUGUGAAUAACAAUCAGAAUGGACCCGGGAGUUCGAGCGUCCGAGUUUACGUCAAGACGCUGUCGACGUGGGGCAAACACGUGCCUGAAGUGCAGGAAAUCGAGACGUCAGCUGCGCUUGGACAAACGAUCCAAGGACACUUUGUACUGCGCUAUCCAAGCGCUAAAAGUGCUGGGUUAGUGACAGGAACGAUCUCGUAUGAUGCGACUGCAUUGGAUGUCCGACGUCGACUUGAAACGGCGUUCCCCGACAUAGGGGAGCUUAAUGUCCAGAGAGACGAUACACUCGAGCAGCUUCCUGAAGUUGGUCGAUUGUGGAGAGUGACGUUCUUGUCAGCUGUAGGAAACGUCCCCCAGCUUGGGGCUCACAGUUUCCUCUCCGGUUUGGAGUCGAAAGUGGUCACACGAACGAUUGUCAGUGGCAACGAGCUCUCAGGGUCUUUCCGACUGAGCUUUCUCGAUAGACAAAGUCGUCCUCUGGCUCAUGAUGUCGCAGCUGAAGAUCUUCGAUUAGCUCUACUGGAAGAUCUGCCUGCGCUAAUUGACGCUCGUGUGACGCGUACGGAUGCAAACGGCCAAUGCGUGCAAGGGUCGACACUUGCUGGUCAAACUGCUAGCUCGUCGAUUACUGCGGUUGAUCCAAAUCUCGAUCAAGGUCUGUACAGAGCGUCAGAGUGGCAGGUGCCCGAAGAUGACCUUGUCGAGGUCUCAGAUAGCACGAAGAAUUAUGCUGCCAAGCGUUGCCGUGCUGGUCGUGGAGCUGCUGGAGGAUUCGUGUGGAAAUUACAGUUCUGGACGCGAGAAGGGAACGGGGUAUCGAUGAGUCCGACGUCUAGCUCCAUGAUGGAGGUCGCGUCUCCCGCUGCCUUGACGGUGGAUUACUCAGAGCUGAAAGGACUAGACACCGUGGCUGAGAUCGUCGACUCUCAGUGCUUUUCACUCGCGUUUGGUGGCGCUGGAGCUUCAUUUGCGGGUCCAGGGGGCUUUGGAUAUGCUGAAUCUCCUUGGGUGGCACCACCUUACGCGGAUGAGCUAGUAACUGAUCUGUUAGGAGGAAGUGGAGGAGCCGGGGGCGGACAGGAACCUUUUGAUGUUUACCCGGUAGUUCAGCCAACUCAAGGUGGCGCUGGUGCUGGUGCCAUUAUGCUCUCAGCGAUCAACGAUGUCCUUAUCGGCCCCAAUGCGAUCAUCUCUGCGAACGGCGGGAACGGAGGCGCUGGCUUCACACCAGGCGGUGGGGGCUCUGGAGGGUCAGUAUUGUUGGUAAGUGGCUCUACUGUGUCGAAUCAUGGAAUGCUGGAAGCUAUCGGAGGGCAUGGAGGCAACGAGCUUACGGCUGGUCAUAGUGGGGGUGGAGGUGGAGGUAGUGGGGGACGAAUUGCCAUCUACGCACAAACUUAUUCGCCCUGGGGAGAGGGAAGCGUCCAAGUGAGUGGCGGGGCCUCCGCUACCACGACUAGAAGGGGCGGGCAUGGCUCUGCUUACGUUAGAGUUCGUAGUGAGUUAGCAAUGCGUGUUGAUGCUUCUAUGGGAGCUGCUGGGACGGCCAAAUCUCUUCUCGUGCAUGGCAGUGAACGCUACGCCAGUGGAUCGUGGUAUCUAUCAGCAGAAAUGCACCAAAUAUCUCGAAAUGGACCGCGCUUUGUAUUUGUAAAGCCCAGUCAACCUACUCGCAUCUCGUACUUCGUUCGCGUCGGCAAUCUCGAGCGUGGCACACUUGAUUCAAACCGUGGAGCCAUCUUUGGGAUCCACAGUAAUGGAGCUCUUGAAACGAAGGACGAGAUGAUGAUCUCAGUCGCGCUGGUGGAUGGAAGUUUCACACACGAAGCCAACACGUUUCCAUGGCCACGACAGAUUUUCCAGGACAAAGUGCAAACCGAUCGUUGGUACAAACUGGAUGUGGCACUCGACUGGCUGGCUCACACGUACUCUAUCCGUCUGAACGACGUGUUGAAGGUGAAGAGAGCGAAAUUUCACGGUGAGAAUGUAGCUGCUCUGAGUCUGAACAAUUUCCAUGCCAUGUCGACGUGGUGGGACGAGAUUUACGUGGGAAAUGACUAUUUGUUGGACUUCUCCUGUCCUUGGGUCGGUCAAGUCGGGGAUACGGCAGCUGGAGAGAACGAUGGCGCAGCUCUCACAGCGAGACGUUCGUGGCGUAAACUAUGGGCAGAGGCAUUCCAGAAGCCGUCAGCAACAACGUAUCACUCCAUGGUUCAUCACGAAAGCCACCUGUCGAGACAAGAAGUAUACACCCACGACAAUGGCGGCCUCAUUCCAUUCGACGGUGCACCACACCGAGCAUUUUUCAACGACAUUCGAGAACUGGAGGAGGAGAGCCCGGAUCAAAGCAAAUUCGAGAAACAGCAAGCGGAAAUGUCAGCGGGUAACGAGGACGAUGAAGUCGUCUCGUACGCUGAAUUGCUGACAAUCGAGAACCUUCCGCUUGAUAGGACGAUCGUGGAGCCACUGGAAACUGGGAUCGAUUGGGAAGCUAGUGUUGGUGCUACAAGUGCCAACGAAGCAACCCCAGAGCCUGACAUCCCUCCGCAUCCAAGUGUGUAUUGGUACUCUGAGGUGUUUGAUGCUAGUACAGGUCGUGGGGGCAUCGGAGCGUGUUCAAGUGUCGACUACAAUGAGUGGCGUAACGAAGGUCUCAUGCUCCAUUUCUCGAACCUAAGUGAUCCGUUUGGAGACCGGCUAGAAGAAAGCGGUGGCUUAGUUGCUGAUCGCCCGAAGGUGAUUUUCAAUCGACACACGAAACGAUUCGUGAUGUGGAUGCAUGUCGAUGGUGCAGCAGCAUCCACAGCCAACACAAUGGGGCUAAAUGGGGUCGCGAGUAGUGAAUAUCCCAACGGUCCUUUCACAUUUCUCCGUAGUUUGUAUCCAGACGCAGCACCAUCAGAAGCUCCAGGAGGACAGAGCAUCAACGAGACGCACGACCAGACAGUAGCGAUCAUACCAACAGCCAACAAACAAGACGCCGCAUACCUCGUUCGGACGUACUACAAGACUGUCGAGUACUGGCUGCCUCGUCCUGUGAUGGACCCCCUUUGGCAGAGUGUACAGAAGCUAAACGAUAGCAAAACCGGAAGAACUGUGACAGACUUCGGACUGAGCUACCACCGAGCAUUCCACCACAUGGGGUACGACGAUCCAACUGAUAUUUAUCUACAGCGGUGGAGGUUGGAGGACACUCCGUGGCAAGUAAUAUGCUGCUCUCUCACGAACGCGAGUGAUUGUGUCUCUGUGGUGGACGUCCCGCAACGCCCCGAAGAUAUUUGCCCCGCUGGAAUGAAAAAGAAGACCAUUCUGGGUCAGGCGCAGACCCAAUCUGGCAAUUCUACCACUACAUCUGCAGUGGUGGGAACGAGGUACAAAGACCCAAACGACGAUGCCAACAGUGCUUUUACUCCUUCGUCUGUACGUGCAUACACCUCGUGGGGAUUUCAAGUUCAGAACCUUAAAACGUGGCGAGGCAACUACUUUGAUGCGCUUAGUACGAACAUCACUCUGUUUAUCUUCAAGCGCUUUGCCGGAGCACGUCGACGUCAUGAAAUCGAGCAGGACCCGACGAUCGCGUUCACGUAUCCUAACGAGGAAGAGCUCACUCAUAACGCAAUUCCAACCAACGAUACCGAGAUUCUGGAUGAGCUUUUGGGUACAUUGGGUGUUCCUGUAAGUCUCGCCUUCAAGAACAAGUAUUCGUCCUUUGACCUCGCUGAGAUCGAUCGAAACAGCGACGGGAAAAUAACCUCCUACGAGAUCGCGCAGCUGGAGAACCAGAAGGCGACUAAGAAGCUCACGGCUGAACUGGUUGGUGAUUUACUUGUCGACUUUGAUGCCAUGAAAUGGAAACAAGUUGACAUUCUGGACGCUGAUAGGGACGGAAUGAUCACGUUCAAGGAGUUCGAGAAGUGGUUGGGAGUUGAUCCGAAUCUGCUCUUCGACCGCUUUGAUCUGGACAAGAAUGGCUACCUGGACGAGAACGAACUAGCACGCUCACUAUGGUAUCGUCAAAUGCCGAGGUUGGAUGCAGCCAUCUUCGUGCUUGAUCCGUCAUUCGAUGGCCGCGUGUACUACGAUAGAUUCCGCGCCUUGCUACUCCAAACACCCGACUUUAUCUUCAAGAUGUAUGAUUUUGAUAGCUCCGAUGCACUCUCGGAGUUCGAAAUCAGUCUCAUGGUCAAGGACCUCGGUACAGCUCUGGCCAAUCCAGCAGUACUACAAGCAUUGCAAAACUCCACCAUCAACAGCACCACGAAGGCCGACUACGCAGCGUGGUUCAGCUCAACGACAAGUCUCGUCGAUGAUGCCCGCAAUAAGCUCAAGGUGGACAACGCCAUUCACGCCACGGGUCCUGACCGAUUGACGGGUCCGCUGCAUGUGGUGGAACGACGACGUGCCAAGUACGUAGCUAUCAGCGCUCUUGCUGACGACUACCUCAAUACUCGAGGUUUGCUUCGAGAAGUGGAGGGGAACUUUGAAGGACGUGAGGCACUUCUCAGCUUCUUUGCCUUCAGUGAAGACCUCUUUGGAUUCGCAGACUCUGCUGACGAAGCUGUGCUUGGUGAUGAGAUCAAACCGUUCCGCGAGCUCUUGUCCCCUGUGAUGCUGCGAGAUCGGGCCUCAUACUGGAAUGGACGUCACUGGGAAGGACGUCCGUCAGCACCACCGUUAUUCACUUAUGGCUCGCAGUGCUUUCACGUCGCUGGACUGGAUGAAUCUACUGCCGACGUUGAGACAGGGGGCUGUUUGCCGUGCCGCACGACGUCCCCGUACGCAUCCGACGUGGUGGACCAGUAUCAAACGUUUGCACGGGAUGCAGCGCAAUGCCAACCUCAGAAGGAACUGGACGCGUACAUCAAAGAGUUCGACCAGCAAGUGUCGAUCCAACUGCAGUAUCAGCAGCAAGCUCAAUUUGGACCACAAGGACUGCAGCCGCACAUGUCGCCAUGCUACAACCAGUCCCAGUUCUUCCCGUGCGACGUGCAAAAGGUUCUAGACGGAAACGUGGCUGACACGCUUCGGGAGUGGACAGCGCGCGAGACUGCACAGAGCUUGGCAUGGGAGAAGCACCCGAAUAACGUUGGAUCGUCAGUCAAGAUCCGUGCAGACGACUAUCAGCUCGAAUCUACGGGUCCGUCGUAUAUUGAGCGAUUCCCGUUGAGGCAGCGCGAGCCUUUAAAUGCUUUUGCUGCACUGGACAGCGUCAUUAUGUACGAGCCCGAUGAACUCGCCGACAUUAUGGGAGGUGGUCGGUAA